AUGAAGAUCCAGCAAAGGAGAAUGAGAAGGAGUGGCCCGGCUGGUGGCACGCCAGGACAGAAUGGUGUUUUGGAGGAGAGGGUAGCCAUCAGUAUCAAAAGCAGGAUCCCAGCAUUCAAUCCCUUAGUGAGCUAUCUCUCGGGCUCACUCGAUGUGUGGCUGAGGACAAGUCACUCGCUCCUCCCUGAGCUUGGGGAGCUUCUUCGGUCACAAGCACCAGCCUGCACUGGAGGCCGGGGGCCGGUUCCAAAGCGUCUGCCUGCCUGCCCCUCCAUUCAUUGGUCCAGAAGCCGCUUCUCCCCCAACCCCAGCUUCACUUCCGUCGCUGGGCAGCCUCGUGGACCCUCCGCGAGUGGGGCUGAAGGGGACACGUGUCUGGGGCUCUGUCUGCCUAGACUAGGAGUGAGGGGAGCUGAUAUGGGACACCCAGGCUGGCUCCUGUGGGCGCUGAUCCCCCUGGGGGCGGCGCUGGCGAAGGGGGGGCCGGUGCCAAAUUUCAGCUGGAACAGCACCUUCUGUCACUUGGCAGUGCCCAGGACGGUGCCCGCCUCUCCCCUCCGGUCGCUCAGCUUCCUGAGCCGAGGCCCAAAUGGGUUGGCUCUCUUCCAUGCCAGUUGGGAUGAGCAGGGGCACCUGCUGGAAUGUGCCUGGUGGGAGAGAGCUACCAUUGUCCUGCCUUACCAGGCUGCGUGCGCUCCGGAGUGGGGCAGCGAGACCCGAUCUGGCAUUUUGGCCCACAGCCCAAGUCCUGCGCUACAGCGCGCUGUGGCAGCCCUCCAGGAGCGGCAGGACGCCUGCCGCAGGACUGAGGAGGAACCACCGAGCACCGGGAGGGAGGGGAUCAAAGGGUCAGCCGAAAGGGAGGAGGAGCUCCAGGCAGCCGCUGGGCACCGGCGCGUGAAGAGGGGCUGGACCAUUCCUGGGACUCUUUGGUGCGGAGUGGGGAACUCUGCGGGGAACUCCACAGAACUGGGGCUCUUCCAGGGGCCAGACCUCUGCUGCCGGGAGCACGACCUCUGUGCUCACAACAUCGCGCCCUUCCAGUAUAACUACGGGAUUCGGAACUAUCGUUUCCACACUAUCUCCCAUUGUGACUGCGAUUCCAGGUUCCAAGGCUGUCUGCAGAGUCGACAGGAUGCCAUUUCGGACUUUGUGGGCACCACCUUCUUCAAUCUGCUGGAAAUUCCCUGCUUUGUGCUGGAGGAGAAUGAGGAGUGUAUCCAGUGGUACUGGUGGGGCGGGUGUAAGAAGUAUGGCCCCAUUCCCCGGGCCCGACUUCUACAGCAGAGUCGCUAUAAUGUGACUCGCACCCAGCCUGGCCACGAAAUGAAGCCUUCUAGGAGGAAGCAGCAGAGACAGAGGCAUCGAAUACAGAGUGAAGGGCCCAAGGGGCCUAGGUCCCAUUUCCAUCCUCCCCCACCUCUGCCCAGCAGUCCACAGAAAGCUAACGUUAGUGCCCAACCACCAUCUCCAACCCUCGCUGGCCUGGCUCCUAGCCUGGUGACCACCCCAGGAAAGCAGGUGAGGGUGGCUGGGGACCACUAUGCUAAGGGGCGACCCUGGGGCAGAGGCCACAGGCCCGGUGGGAGACAAGCAGCCGGAGGCUCAACAGAGGUUGCGGCUCAGGGACCGCCAGAGACCCCAGUUCCUGAUGAUGCACGCCCAAAGCCCAGUCUCUACCCAGUUGAUAAGAAGAUCUACCCAGAUUCUUCAGAGGCCUGCCAAUGCUACCGGCAGCUGGACCAGUGUCAGCACAAGAUUGAACCCGGGGACACCAAGUACCAGCUGUACAAUUCAGAGAACCACACCCUCUUUCACUGCAACUGUACAAGACGGCUGGCCAAGGUGCUGAGGACCAAGGGUCCCAAUGAGGUGGAGGACAAACUUUGGAACCUGCUGGCUCUAACUUGCUUCGAGCUGAGACCGCCUGAGGACUGUGAACCCAGCGACGGCUGCAGGGAUGACUCCCGGGCUGUGGUGGUCCCUGCCAGGCACCUACGGCGUUUGUGGAAGAAGCAGGCUGGAUGGCCGAUGAAAGUCACAGGGAAGGCUGAGGAGAAGAGUGUGAAGAGGAGAAGAAGAGAGAGAAGCCUGGGGGCCUGGGGGCAGGAGCUUCAAGGGGCCGUGACUCUCUAUGACAAGUGCCGUGAGGUGGUCUUGACCGUGCAGAGGGCACCCCAGUGAUGGGGGAGGCAGCUGCCGGCAGCCUUGGGGUCAGAUGUGCAGAGGACCCUCACUCCUGGGUCCCACUGAGCAGGAGCCAGGCCCUCCCCAGGGGCGUGCCUGGCCUGUUUGGGCUUUGUGCUGACUGGCGGGGGAUGGCUAUAUCCACUGUCUUCUUGGGCAGCAUCUGCCCCUCCUACUCAGGACAAACAUGGCAUUACCCCGAGAACCAGAGGGCAUCACUGACCCACGCCAGGCAGCCUGGGCUAGCUCCUUUGGAUAGGGCAGAAGGCUGAGGUCUUUGUCUUUGCUAACGGUGGGCGAGUGGUCACUGGCACAACAGAAUGAGCUCUGGACUGGGAGGCAGGAGACCCGAGUCAGUCCUAGCUCUUCAUCGACUCUGCACACAAACAAGUUCCUUCACCUGGGUGGGCCUCAGUUUACCCAUCUGUAAAGUGAGGGACAUGACGAUUUGGGUCGAUUCACCAUCCUGGGCCUCAGUUUCUCCAUCUGUAAAAUAUAGGGGCUGAACUACAUGGCCUCUGUGGCCUCCACCCCCCCCCCCGGUCUGGAGCUACAAUCCUUUCUUGGGUAUACCCUGAUGGUGUGAGCCAGGCUUUAGCCUCCCACUCAAAGACACAUCCCUGGCUCUGGCCUUUCAAUUUCCAUGCUCAGCAUGUGCUUAAUGCCCUGUUCUCACCAACCUCAACCCCCUCCUGUUUAAUUUGCUGGGCUGCCCUUGCCUUUGGGAUGCUGCCUGGGGCAGGGGGAGGGGCAUGGGGUAAAUGACUGGGGGCCCCAUCCUGUACUGUCUGUUGUCGA